AUGUAUAAUCUUCGUAAAAUUGUUCGUCGAUUCAUGUCUUGCGUAACACCAACUUUUAUUCGAUUAUCUCUUACGAUUCUUACAUGCGCCUUAUCAAAAAAUCGAACGUCUCACUCGAACAUUUCUCAUAAAUUUUCUAUCUUCGAUAGUUUUGAAAAAAACGUUCGAAAUUAUUCUUCAAGCAUGGCGUGGUUCUGUUCUGCAAAUAGUAAUAGCGGCUUGGUAAAUAAUUUGAAAAAAGCUGGAAUAUUUCAGUCUGACCGGGUUGAGCAAGCUAUGAAAUCGGUUGAUAGAGGAAAAUAUGUGAAAUACGAUCCGUACCGCGAUUCACCUCAGCAAAUAGGUUAUGGAGCUACUAUUUCUGCACCAUCAACAACUUUAAUGUUUUAUUCAAGUCAUAUGCACGCCCACGCUUUGGAAAAUUUGUCUCCUUUUUUGCGACCUGGCAUGAAAGUGUUAGACGUUGGAUGCGGUUCUGGAUAUCUAACUGCUUGUCUAGCGGAGAUGGUUGGACCAGAGGGCAAAGUUAUCGGUAUAGACCAUAUUCCUCAACUCGUGAAUUUAGCCAAAGAUAAU